AUGGCAGAGCAGCAGAGUUUACCACCACAGAUGCAGAUUGAUACAAUGUCAACUGGUUCUCAGUUCAGAGAAUUUCUCACCCAGUAUAACAAGAUCACAGAGCAGUGCUUCAUGGCUUGUGUCCAUGACUUCACCACGCGCCGGGUCAUCACUGUCGAGAAUAACUGUGCCCUCAACUGUCUGGAGAAGUACAUGAAGAUGACAAACAGAAUCUCACAGCGUUUCCAAGAGCACCAACUGACAUCCAAUGAUACACUAGCAGCUGCAUCCCAGAAGUCCUCCAGUUAA